UUUGAACCCGAGAAGUUGGCAUCCAUUCUGUGUCCUUAAAGAUGACACACGGUUUCUCAUCUGUUCUCUACAGACCACUUGUGUACCUUUGAAAAAGCUGAGUUGCCUGUCUGCUGGAGCCCAUCCCUCCAGCUGUGACCUGAACUCCCACAUGCCUUGCAGGACCUGCCACCUUCAGAGCCUGCUGAGCAUCCAGCAUGUGUAUGGAGCCCAGCACCCCCCUUUCGAUCCACUGUUACAUGGCACCUUGCUCAGGUCCACACCAAAGGUGCCGACUACUCCAGCCAAGGCCAAGAGGGUCAGCACCUUUCAGGAGUUUGAGAGCAACACCAGUGAUGCCUGGGAUGCGGGAGAAGAUGACGAUGAGCUCCUGGCCAUGGCAGCAGAGAACCUUAAUACUGAAGUGGUCAUGGAGACAGCCCACCGUGUUCUGCGCAACCACAGCCAGCGGCAGGGCCAGCCCACACUACAGGAGGUGCCAGCAACCAAGCAGGAGCCAAAGCCUAUGGCAGAGCCACCCGUGGCUGAGCCAUCAGCAGCCCCAAGUGGUGACCUCCGGCUGGUGAAGUCAGUCAGUGAGAGCCACACGUCCUGUUCCACAGAAAGCACCAGUGAUGCGAUCCCUCUGCAGAGGUCCCAGUCUCUUCCACACUCGGCCACCGUUGCACUGGGUGGGACAUCUGACCUGAGCACCCUUGGCAGCUCAGCACUGAGUAAGAGAGAGUCCUCCCGGCUUGACAAGUUCAAACAGCUGCUUGCUGGCCCCAACACAGACCUUGGUGAGUCCUGGUUGGCCAGAGGCUAA